AAGAAAAUUUCAAAUAAAGAAAAUGUCAGAUAAAGAAAAUGUCAAAUCGAGAAAAUGUCAAAUGAAGAAAAUGUCAAAUAAAGAAAAUGUCAAAUCGAGAAAAUAUCAGAUAAAGAAAAUGUCAAAUAAAGAAAAUGUCAAAUAAAGAAAAUGUCGAAUAAAGAAAAUGUCAAAUUAAGAAAAUGACAAAUAAGGAAAAAUCGGGAUGUUCUUAAAUGAGAAAACGUAAAAAUAGAAAGAUGUAAAGAUUAUGAUGAAACAAAAUAGAUCGUACUUUAAAAAAGGAGAAUAGUAAAAAAGUAAAAUUUAAGAAAAAGAAAGAAAGUUAACAGCUAAACCAAUAAAAAAUCUAAAUUUGAAGAGAGCCAAUGUCUCAGAAAGCAAAAGUGAAGAAUGUCAAAACUAAAGAGUCAAAAAAAAUAAAGACAAAUUCUCGUCAAGCUUUAAUUAUUCCAAUUUCUAAAAUGGCAGGUAAUAAAAAAUUUACAUGACGACUCUAACAUAGUUCCGAACCAAUAUUCGUAUGAAUGAUGAAAUAAUCUUGAUGUAUUCUUUAACAAAGGCCGCAGAACUUACAUAAAUCUGAGCUUUUAUGAAGUUUUUAAAAAUACUAAAAAUUUCAGAGAAAAUGGAUGCUGACGAUUAUAAUUUAAAAUGGAACAACUUUGAGACCGGAAUAACAAGUGGCCUGAUAGAAAUAUUUAAUUGUAAUCAACUGUACGAUGUAACACUGGUCUGCGGGGAGAAAAAGCUGGAGGCGCAUCGUUUGGUUUUGUCUGCCUGUAGUCCGGUUUUCAGAGGAAUAUUCACACAAGCCAACCAAACCAAUCCUAUAGUGUACCUGAGAGGAAUAUCCUUUGCUAAUCUGGAAGCUACGGUUAAGUUUAUGUACCAUGGAGAAGUAUGUAUAGGUCAGGAUAAACUCAGUGAGUUUCUGUCCACUGCUGAAGACCUGAGGGUGAAAGGACUUUCAAGACAUGAAAAUGAUUUACAAGAAUCCAAUACCUGCACCAGAAGCAGUAGUAGUAGCAGCAAUCGAACUUCAACGACGAAAAAGCGACCAAUGCCCUUUAUAAAACAAGAAAACGGAAAGAGAAAACGUUCAGAAGAACCUCAGACAAAGAAAGAAAAAUCUCCGAUAUCUGAUCGACCAGUUAUACAUCAAGUUGAAUCGUUGGUAGAGAAACCAUCGGAUCAUUGUUCUCCUAACCAUGUUUUGGGCGUUCCUGGUCCAGAAAUGGGCGUGGCUGAGCUAGGAUAUGAGGAGGAGGAUUAUGAUUAUGAUGAAACUUUUGAGAUCAUUCCUCAGAUGGAUUUAGGUGCCCAGCUAUAUAGAGGACCUAAACCUAAAGCUGACCGUCUCCCAAUAGUCAACUUUAUAAACCUGAACAAGCUGAAGGUGGAGAACGGAUACAUGUGCAGCUUCUGUAACAGGGUCAGCGCAGAUAACUCCAACAUGAACCGGCAUAUAGAGGUUAAACAUGCAGCAGAACUAGAACUUUAUCUCAUGCAACCAAGUGAGAUGAAUCAGCUCUAGCUCUACCCUAGAGAUGGUUACAAGCCAACCAGGUUAAGUGAAAUUAUUGUAAGCUCUGAGAGCGAGAUGUUUGUAUGUUAAAGCUGGGACUUCUGUGCUCACAGCUGGGAUCUCUUGUAUUGUGUGGAUAUCGAGAUCAAUUUCUUAUCUCGAUCUUUUAUUAAUCUGCAGAUUAAUAAAAUAUCCAGCAUGGUUAUCGUACCCUGUAGGAAUAGCUGAGAUAAGGAAACUAAGCAUUGAUCCUCAAAUUAAAACAGUCCUCAGUUGAAAUCGAGAUUAAGCAAUCGGGGAUUAUGAGUAUUCAGUUCUCAGCUCAGACUGUUCAUUCCUCCUGGACGUUUCAGCUUGGUCAAGCCUCCUCAUUGGUCCCAGGGAUCAAAUCAAAUCAAAUAUAUAUA